AUGGUCUGUGCGAACGUCCAUUUCUUGCGGGACGGGCAUCAUUGCGCGGCGGGACCCUGCAGAAGGCAACACUUCGCACCGCGAGGACGCCGCAGAGUUUCACCUUCUCAAAAUCGAACGUCAUCAUCGCAUCCCGUUCUGCCGGAGUGCCUCCCUCUGGGCGUGGAGGGUGAGCUGCGCAUAAGGCUAUGUCUGGCAUUGGCCACUCGUGAAGAUGAACGAAUUGCCGCGCAGCCGCGGGUGCCCGUGUCUAGAGAGGUCGCCUGCUUACCACGGCGACCAGGAGAGUGGCAGCCCAGGUGGCGAGUACUUCGUGGACAUGAUGCCCUCCCUGGGCAGGAUGUCGGCAAGCCAGUGGCGCUGUGCAAGCUGGCAGGUGCCAAGGCUUUUUGCGAGGAUCGAGGCCUUUCUGGCAUCGUUCUCUACGGAGGUUUGCUGUAUUUAAGACCGCCUGGACCUGGAAGCCAGCUCCUGGCUGCCGCGACUGCGCAGCCCGGUGCUGAUCUCCUCGUCAGGCCUGCGCAAGCAGCGCCCGAUGAGCCUGAGGAUUUGUCCGCACUACGAAUUGCCGUCCUCGCCACCCAGGAUGAGUUCGAUGAAACGAGUCUUUUUGACAUGGGAAUGGUGUCGACAACUGGCAACGGGCGGCGCUAUGCUGCGCAGGCGCUCUUGCGUGACAUCAUGUGCACAGAAGGCGUCGUGCUGACAGCGCUAUUGAUUUAUGACUGGAAGAACGACUCCACCGAAAGCUCCGGCAAUUGGGCGCUGCCCGAGGAAGGACCGCAGCGUUGCACGGUAGCCCUUCGUGGUGGGAAGCAGGUGACUGCUUGGCGAGGGUCGAUGACCCAGCUCAUGGGUGCAUGUGCUGGGGAUUUGGUGGUGGACGUGGCAGUGUCCAUCCAAGCAAGGCGAAGCUGCCUGGAGAUACUGAGGAGCUUGCUCAUUCACAUCCGUUCAAAGAGGUGCGUGGUAAUGGGCCAUGACUACAAUCUUCCAUUUGGACCGUGGGGUAUGGAAGCCGAGCCGACAUCGUUGUCCGUUCACCGCGAGCUGCUUAAGAAUCCCAGCCUCGUGAUGUUCUGCACAUCCCAGCACCUCUGCAAUUUCGUGGAGCGCUUCUCGGAGGGUGAUGUCCAGACAUGCCUGUGCUACUGCGCUGACUAUGGCUACUUCGACAGCAUCCACGGUUUCUCGCCUCCGGCCGUGUGCGACAAGGGGCAGUAUGGAAAUGCCGGAGUGACCGUUGUAUCGGCUGGAUGCCACCAAGGGCUAGUGUUUCAUCCCUUCAUCACCGCCAUGGGCAAUGCAGCUGCGACGGUGCUUCAGAUUCGACUUUCUAUACCCGACCUGUCGGCUUCGCAAGCUUCGCAACUCGCAGUAGAAGUUCAUGCCGGCAGUGGCACUUUGCGCCCCGAAUGGGGUGAGUCUUUCAGCUUGACAACUCCGGAAUCGGACGUGUACAUAUCUAUCUUCUCCAUUCUGGAAGGCUGUAAAUCGGAACUUGGUCAGAUCACGCUCCCGGCCAGUAUUUCGAACCUCGUUCCCGGCAGCCCACCUCGCGUGAUGCGCUUUGCUGUAGGCACUGCCUCUCUGGUGGUAGAGAUGCGAGCGCUGGAUUCCAUGGACUUGCAAGCACGAGCGGAGACCAGACAAUCCAAGUUCCAUUUUCAGCUGCCUUCAGCCCGGCGUCAAGCAAUCGCUCUGGAGCUGCAAAAUGCCGAGUUACAGAAGCUGGCCAGAAAUGGAAGUCAUACAACCUGUGCAGCGCCCAUGAAGCACCGCUUACUUCUUGAACGCGCAGAGGCUGCAAACUCACGGCUGCGUGAGCGGAAGCAUCGCCUUCUGCAGAAGCUGGAGCGUGUGCAAAGCAUAGCGUCGGAACAGCCGGCACCAAGUUUACAGGGAGCGACCACUGACCAGCUGCUUGAAGAUUCCGAGCAAAUCCAGAUCGGCUUGCAGACUGAGUUACACACGGCGCUGGCAAGGCAGCGAGCCUUGCGCGAGAGCAGUGAGGCGAGGAUUGAGACCAUCACCUUGCAGCUUGAGCAGGCCAUGGAAAUGAAGAUGGGGAGUGCCAUGCCAGAGGCAGAGGCACAGGCUCUGAUUGCUAUCGCAACCGGUCGCUGCGAAGAAUUGCGCAGAUUGUGCAGAGAAUCCGAAGAAAUCAAUGCCACACUUGUGGCGACCGCCUCACCGGCGGCGCCUCCGGCUUUGUCGGGCUUGGAAACACUGAGUCCCGAAAUCGAUGGUUUGCUAGGGAAACUUGAAGGCCAGCAAACCGAGCUGCAGCGAUUGCACCGAGAGCUUGACAUGAUCUCAGAAAGCGACAACUACAAGGGCUGGCAGCAGCACAAGGAGCUGUCGUUCGUGAUACAAGCGUUGUCGGAAGAGUUGGAGCAGCUUCAGCAGACAUGCCGAGACGAUGAAGUUUGUUUCGAGAGCGAGAUCCUGGAGCUGAAGCGAGAAAGAAGCAAAGCGAAGAACCGCUUGGAGGACCUCGUCUCGGAUCUCAAGCGAUUAGAAGCCCGAGCCGAAAUGCUGAGGACGGAGACCCCUCAGGUAGCGGCAGAGGAGAGCACAUUGCAGCGUGAGUCUUGCAAGAAGGCGGAGGCCAAGCUACGUGAAUUAGAGCACAUUGAAGAGCUACGGCAACAGCAGAUCCGUGCAUUGGAACGAGACCAGGAGAAGCUCGUUGAGCAGACCACUCUGGCAACAGCCAAGGCGGUGUCAGGUGGAGAAGAUGCCCAGCGGGAAGCCACCAGCAGAAUUCUUGAGUUUGAGCAAACUCUAGCUCGAUUAACGGCAACUAUAGAGGAGAAGCAGGAUGCUGCAGCAAAGAUGCGACUGCAGACGGACCAGGUUACCUUCAUCAGUCCUUGUCCAGCGAAGGGCCUUGCGGUGGUACUGCGCUUGGCUUUGAUGUUUGGCAAUAUCCAGUUCCUGUGCGUCAGCACAGGGUGGACAAAGACUUUGCACGAGGUCCAGCUGCGAGCACAUCCCAAUAUCAACAUAGUGGCGGGGACUGACAACAUCGAAGAAAUCUACCGCCAGACAGCUGUCUUGCUGAUGCCUUCGCUUUGGCAAGAGUCGUUUGGCCUGGUUGCUGUGGAGGCACAGCUUCGUGGUAUUCCUGUUGUGAGCACCGCAGCCUGCGGCCUGAAGGAAGCAAACUUCCUCGAGGAGCUGCAGGUGCACAACGUGCCGCUCGUGCACGACUCAAGGACUCGUGAGAUGCUUCGUGGCAUCACCAUGGAAGAGGCAGAGCUCACUCUCAACCCGUUGCGGCCGGGCCAUGACAGCACGAAAGGCAGUCGCUGGUAUGUGCACGUGGCUCACACGAUCGUGGCUACGGAGGCGGAGGCUGCAGGCUUUGCCAAGCUGGUGAAGAUGCUUGUUAACGACGUGUCAAGACGACAGCAUCUCGGAAGCCUUGCCAGGGAGCGGGCCAUCCGGCAUGUCGUAAGCCGGAGAUGCCUCUUUGGACAAGCGCUGAAGGAGUUGAUGAAUGACCACGGUCCAGCCUAG